AUGCUUCGCGUAUCUUCACUAAUUUACUUGCAACAAGUCUGGGAGCGUCAACCAUCCGAGGACAAUAACAAGAAUGUGAUAAAGGCUAUCUCCACGGAUACCAGUACAACUGCUGCCAUCCAAUCAUUCCCAUCACCACCACAAACGCCCAUUAUUAAUACUGCUACGGAUGCCGCGCCACUAUUGUCAUCACCGACACAUGUUGGUGCAACCGAUGUGCAGCAACAACCAUCAUCGUCAGCAUCCGCUGGGGGAAAUCUUUCAUCACAAACCAAAGAUACGACGAUGACCUUGAGCAAAGUCAACAUAAACAAUGAUGGCCGUUCAGCUGACCACAAAAUUAAGGAGAGGGAGAAUGACGGUAUUGUGAUGGAAGGAUCGAAUGGAUCUCAGGAUCAAACAAGACAACAGGCAAAGGAUGAAUGUAACAAUUCAAAGCCAACAGCAACAGCAAUGGGCACAAAUGAUGAUGUUAUUAGUACGUCGUCUCCUACUGAGGGUGAUAGUGGCGUUGGUGCAUCUGCAGGUCGCACGAUGGGCAGUUAUCACUUUUACUACGAUAACGAUCAGGAGGAGGAAGCUGAAGGGGAUAACAUUGUCUCAAUGGCUAGUAAUUCAUCAGGAGGAACGACUUCUAUGCCGCCAACACCUACAUCGUUACCAGCACAAAAGCAACACCAGCACCAUUUGCCACCUCCACCCCCACCUCCUGAAGAACCUGCUGAAGAGCAAAAAGGUCUCCGUCGUCAAGCAUCAAGAUUGACACUCAAAAGACGCAGCCUGACCAAAAAGCUCAAAAAGGCCGUAUCCUUCCACAAGCUUGGUAACAAACGCGAUAGUGUAGUGAUGUAA